UCUAAUGAUUUGACCCCAAUUGCAAAGAGAACAGCUAGAUUAGUUCAAGAAAGAUUUGGUACAAUUGAAGAUAUUAGUGAACUUCCAGAAGAAUAUAUCUUGUUAGAGAAGAAAGUUGAUACUUUAAGAUCUGUUUACAAAAAGUUGUUAGCGAUCACAACUACUUAUGAGAUUGAAAGUUAUGAUUAUCCACCUAAUAUCAAAGAAUCAGUUUCUGACCUUUCCAAAUCCAUUUCUGAGAAAUUUCAAGGAUUACAAAAAGCCUCAAAUACAGCUGAUGUUGAAAAGGUUUUGAAUUCUGAUACUCAAAGUGCUCCAUUACCAAAAACUUUAGCUCAUGAAAUAUCCAAAGCUGCGAAAAGCUCACAUGAAUUAUUGAAGACUUUUGGUGAAGACAAUUCUUUGUCUAAAAUUCUACUUAGAUUAUCUGAGGCGGAAUUAAAGAUCGGUAAUAGAAGAAUUGAACAAGAUCAAUUGAUAAUUAAUGAAUUCAAUGCCAAAUUACAAGAUAUUUUGAAUCAAAACUUUCAAGAAACUCAACUAAAUAGAAAAAAUGUUGAAAACGCCAGAUUAAGCUUUGACACAUUGAGAUAUGAAGUUAAACUAAACCCAGAAAAGCAAGAACAAUUACAAGAACAACUAGACAACAGUGAGGAUGAGUUGGUUAAUGCUACCACUGUUGCUGUCCAAUCCAUGAAGAAGUUAAUUGAACCAGCGGAAUCAGUUAAUUUAGUUAUUUUAUUCUCUAAGAUUCAAUUGGACUACCAUAAGUCUGUUGUUACUGAAUUAGAAUCCCUGGUGAAGGAUCUUGAAAGUGUUCCGAUUGAAGAAGAG